UUGUCGCUAUGUGGGAUUCUGAGCAUAUAGAGAUGAUGGUUCUAUUUCAGGAAUUGCACCAUAGUGUGGUUUGUUUAUGCGUUGACCAUAACAAUGUCAAAGCCUAGACAUCAAUCUAUGAAUCCAAAGUGCAGAAUGGACGAGAGCGCAUUUGAGACUUUUGAGGAAGAGCUUGGGGCAACAGAACAGGAUGCUCCUCAACCGAAACAUCCCAGACAAUCACAGUCUCGUCGGCCUGAAAUCUAUCCACAAAGAAGGGCAAGAGAGGAGCCUCUAGCUGUCCAGCAGAUCCCAAAGUCUCCACCGUAUGAGGCUCCAGUCUCGAGAGGCGUGUCAUUGCGAAAGUCAUUGUCCAUUCAGAACACAGCCCAGAUGGAGGUACCAUGGGAGGGAGUGACUCUUAACCGCUGUCUCUUCAUAGUCAUCACUAUUCUGGUCCUCAGCUCAGGGUGUCAAAGGUUACACGAGCUUCUACGAGGUCGCAAAGAUGGAAUGUCUCUAGAGCCCAUAGGUUCUGUGCUUAACGCCAGGCACACUGCAGUGAGGAAGUACUACUUACCAACACCUGAGCAUGAGACGUCUCUAUGGGACACAUUUUUCUUGUGGAUGAGUGAUGACGAUGAUGACGAUGAAAAAAGAAGCAGACGUGGCAAGCCGAGGAAAGCGACUCGAGAAAAAGUCACUCAAGGUCUCCGACACAAAGCCAUACCAGACAGGAAACUUCUGAAGGGAAGGGAGGGCAGAUUUAAAGCACGGAGAGGUAAAGCAAGACAGGAUGAAAAGAAGGAGAGCCGAGAGAGCGCGAAGGCACAAAAAGAGAAAGCAAAGAGACUUGAAGAGAAGAAGCUGGAAGAAGAAAAGAGGGAAGGAAAGGAAGAGAAGACGAUAAAAAAUAAAUUGAAGGAGAGUAGGAAGAAAGCUCCUUAGAAAGGGAAGGAAAAGAUAAAGCACACUGUUGCUUACUGAUAAAACUAGUGGAAUUAGGUAAUGGAACUUCCUUUUUCAUUGUAACGUGAUGUCUCAGGGGUGAUAUGAAAGGUUCCUCAGGAAGGCACGAGUGCUUAAACCGAGUUGGUCUGAUUCUCGUUGUGUGGUAGUGUUCUUUACUUCGCUGAUCUCCAAAUAAAGGUUGAAAAAAGCUUUCAGUCUAUUAAAAGUGAGCAAUAUCUCAUCUCAUUAUCUCUAGCCGCUUUAUCCUUCUACAGGGUCGCAGGCAAGCUGGAGCUUAUCCCAGCUGACUACGGGCGAAAGGUGGGGUACACCCUGGACAAGUCGCCAGGUCAUCACAGGGCUGACACAUAGACACAGACCACCAUUCACACUCACAUUCACACCUACGGUCAAUUUAGAGUCACCAGUUAACCUAACCUGCAUGUCUUUGGACUGUGGGGGAAACCGGAGCACCUGGAGGAAACCCACGCGGACACGGGGAGAACAUGCAAACUCCACACAGAAAGGCCCUCGCCGGCCAUGGGGCUCGAACCCGGACCUUCUUGCUGUGAGGCGACAGCGCUAACCACUACACCACCGUGCCACCCUAGUGAGCAAUAUGUGGAUGUAAAAUAUUCAACAACAAAAAAAGAAUAGAAAGAUCCUAAUGUUUCCAAUCAUAUCUAUUUGCAAUGCAAUUAUAUUUAUGCCAAUAUAUAUUAGCUAUUUUG